GGUGGUGUUUGCAGUCAGAGAGUCAAAGGCAAGUGAAGGUGGAAGGAGAAACCAGUGGCGGAGCGCAGGCAGACAAGCCACCGCAGACAAGACAGACGAAGCGACGCACGGACAGAGGCACAAAAGAGCUGUGGUGGCACAGUGGUUAGAAUGCAGUAUUACAGGUUAAUUCACAGUUCGACUCAAGGUUGAAUCACCUUCCAUCUUCCAAGCUGACCCUUGAUGUAUUCACAUAAUGGAUCCUGCCCAUCAUGGUUGUGCCAUGACAGAACUCCAGGAAGUGCAAAUCACUGAAGAAAAGCCACUACUGCGAGCCCCGGGAGCACCUGAGCCAGGCAGGAAACACACAGUGGAGACACCUUAUGGGGUUGUGACCAUCACCAUCCACGGGACACCCAAGCCCAAACGUCCAGCUAUCCUCACCUAUCAUGAUGUGGGACAAAAUCAUCAUUCGUGCUUCGACACUCUCUUCCACUAUGAGGACAUGCAAGAGAUCAUAAAGAACUUCGUGGUGAUACAUGUGGACGCACCUGGCAUGGAGGAGGGGGCCCCGGCCUUCCCUCUGGGAUAUCAGUAUCCUUCUCUGGACCAGCUGGCUGACAUGAUCCCCUGUAUCUUGCAAUAUGUCAACUUCACCAGCAUCAUUGGAAUUGGAGUUGGAGCUGGAGCAUAUAUCUUGGCACGCUAUAGUCUCUCCCAUGCAGACACUGUGGAGGGGUUGGUUCUGAUAAACAUUGACCCCAAUGCCAAGGGCUGGAUGGAUUGGGCUGCUCAUAAGCUUACUGGCCUCACCUCCUCCAUUUCUGAGAUGAUCCUAGGACAUCUCUUCAGCCAGGAGGAACUUUCCAAGAACACUGAGAUGGUGCAACAACAACGGGAUAUCCUGAGUCAUGCUACAAAUUUACCCAACAUUCAACUCUACUGGAGUAGUUACAACAGCCGCAGAGAUUUGAGCUUGGAACGUGGAGGGGAUACCACAUUCAAAUGUCCUAUCAUGCUGGUGGUGGGAGACCAGGCUCCGCAUGAAGAUGCUGUGGUGGAGUGCAAUUCUAAACUGGAUCCCACCCAGACCUCUUUCCUCAAGAUGGCUGAUUCAGGAGGACAACCACAGCUGACACAACCUGGAAAACUGACAGAGGCAUUCAAAUACUUUGUGCAAGGAAUGGGUUAUAUCCCUCAUGUACUGGACAAGAAAUUGAGUCAGGGUGGCCUCGUCUUGCAUGACGCGCCUCUCUCGCUCCCGCACCGCCUCUCUGUCCAGCGCCACCUCCGGGGACGGGAAUCGCUCCCGGUCUCGCACCCUGUCCCAGAGCAGCGAGGCAGGAGCCCCACAGCCACCUGCCCCCACCAUGGAGGUGUCCUGCUGAGCUCCAGGCCAGGGGAUGAGACCGCCUCCCACCUCUGAACAGGACUCCUUCUGCUAUCCCACAAUGCACUCCGGCCACUGGGCCAGGUGACAAUCUCCCCUAACGGUACUAAAAGUCCAAGGAGGCCCAGAUGGGAUGCAACUUUACUCUUUUUAAAACAAACAUUAACUCCCCCAACCUUUAAAUCCAGCACAUCAUAUCCACCUUCCUUACCAACCUUGCCUUCCUUUCUCUCAUAACUUAAAGCUAGUGUUGUCUGCCUUUGGUAUCUAUAGUGAUCCUCAGUACCUAGGGAGGUAUGGAUGGAAGACUACACGUUUUCUAAAUUAUCAGAUAAUCAGUAUCUCCUCUGAUGUUUCCCUUUGCCCUCUAAUUCUCUUGCACAUUUAGCUUCCUUGAUAUAGGAGAUUUGGAUUAUCAAUGGGCUUUGGUUUUUUUCCCCCCCUGUAUAAUCAUAACUAACCCAUGUUCCUCCCCCUAAAUCUUUAGUGAUAUAUUCUUGGAGUAGCCGGAUGGCAUCUUAUUGCCUUGCUAGCUCUCUUUUGUCCCCUCUGGAGUGUAAAUAGGAGGAAAAUAAAAAUAAAAAGCAGGACCUCACAAGUGAGACGCACAAGCCCCAGUAAGGACUUGCUACUAUCAUGCUAACCUAAUGCUCCCAAACAAGAGUUGUUUUUCCUCUACCCAACUCAUUUUUACCCUUGUACUUGUCUGGCUUGGUCUCAUCUGUCUUGAUUCCAUCUAUCUAAAUGGUCUUUGAGGUUCUGGUUCCUUCCAGGGGCUUAGACCUGUUUGUUUUUUCAUCUACCUUUUAAAAUAAAACUAGCUUGUUCAUUCCUCUCCCCUCCUCUAUGAUCUCUCUCUUGGCUUUUAUUUUAUAGCUUUCCCUCCUGUGCAUAUACUGUUCCCUGAUCAAAGGCUACAUUUCCUCUUUUUGGUCUCCCUUCUCUUCCACUUUCAUAGAUGGUAGCUGCUUUGUGGUGUGCAUGCACAGUUCCUGCUAAGAUAGCAACUGUUUUCUGCGAUUGGGGCAUUGGGAGGCUGGGCAAGAUUGAAAUGGGGGGCACUGGGGAGGGUGGGAUUGUUCCUUUUGGGAAAUGCUGGGGGCAGUGGGAAGCUUGAGACAGAUUGCACUGUUGCAGCGGUGGCAGGCACAAAUGACAAUAGCCAAUGAGUCUAUGGUUUCACAUAAAGCAGGGGUCUUCAAACUUGACAGCUUUAGGACUUGUGGACUUCAACUCCCAGAACUCCUCCUGCAGUCAUGUUAGCUCAGGAAUUCUGGGAUUGAAGUCCACAAGUCUUAAACUUGCCAAGUUUGAAGACCCUUGACAUAAGGAGAUAAAAGGAGGCGACUCCAACUGUUAUUGGCUGUGGGGGGGUUUUCUUUGCACCAAGCGCUGAUUUAGUGGGUUCUGGCUGUUGGCUUUGAGCAGGGCUCCUGUAGUACCAUGGAGGAGGAACUCUUGUAAUCAGAUUCUGACUGUAUCAGUUCUUUGAAUGUUACCAACUGUAUUAAAGACUUACAUGCUUAGAUGAUGUUUGCCAUGUUGAUCUCACAAAAUAAGGAAUGCAUGAUGUUUUAAGGGGUCAAACUUCUAACUUUGGACCAGCUGUUGAAGUUGGGGGUAUCGGUAUGUAAGGUUUUGAGUGGUAUACAGUCUUGAACAGGGUCAUAAGCCUCCAGUGGAACCAGAAAGGUAUUGGUCCAACUAGAAGAUAUCUUACUUAUUCCCUAACCUGAACAGGCACUGGGAGUUAAUUGCUCAGUUGCUUAUAAAAGGGGGCAUUGUUUGAAAAGGACUCCAGCUGGAGUUUUAACUCCCACAUGUAAUGGGAUCCUUGUAUUUGAGAAUGUGUGGGCUCUGCUUUAUUUUUCCCAAAGCAGUCAAUGGUGAAUCCCUACUCUUAACAAUAAAAAUCUCUAGAGGAA